UAAAAUUUACGUGGCUUGCUUUGCUUCUCUGCUUGCAGCCAUGUAUUUGCUCUCUCUCUUGAUUGUCGUUUUGGUAUCUCCUUUGUUAUCUGCUGCCACUUUUACCCAUGGUGUAAAGAAUGAUUUGUUUCCUGAAAUCUUGAGAGAAGAAGCAGUUGCAAGACUAUAUGAGCUCGGAAAGGUGAGUGAUGCCGAUGGCUAUCUUGAGAGGACUUUUUUGAGCCCAGCAUCUAUUCGGGCAGGGAAUCUUAUCCGUAUAUGGAUGGAGGAUGCUGGUUUGACAACGUGGGUUGAUGGAUUAGGGAAUGUGCAUGGUCGGAUACAACCACCAAAUGCUAGCAACACGGCUCUUUUAAUCGGUUCUCAUUUGGAUACUGUUGUUGAUGCUGGUAUGUUUGAUGGUGCGCUUGGUAUAGUAUCUGCUAUAUCGGCUUUAAAGGUGUUAAACGUCACAGGAAAGUCAAAGCAAUUAAAACAUCCAGUUGAAGUAAUUGCAUUUAGUGAUGAAGAAGGAGUUAGAUUUCAAUCCACAUUUCUAGGAAGUGCAGCUAUUGCUGGUGUGCUACCAGUAUCAUCAUUGCAAAUACCUGACAAAAGUGGUUUGACAGUGCAAAAUGUUUUGAAGGACAACUUGAUACACACAACUGGAGAAACCCUCAGCCAGCUCAAAUAUGAACCUGAGUCUGUUUUGGGUUAUGUAGAGGUUCAUAUCGAACAGGGACCUGUACUGGAAUCUGUAGGCCUUCCUCUUGCUGUGGUAAAAGGCAUUGCUGGACAGUCACGGUUAAAGGUAGUUGUGAAAGGAUCACAAGGACAUGCAGGAACAGUUCCCAUGUCUAUGCGCCAAGACCCAAUGGUUGCUGCCGCCGAGUUAAUUGUAUCUUUAGAAAGCCUAUGUAAACGUCCACAGGAUUUUAUAUCAAGUGAUGAUCCCGAUGGUCACUGCAAUGCCUUUUCUAUUACUUCUCUUGCAGGAUCUCUUGUUUGUACUGUUGGUGAGAUAUCAACUUGGCCCAGUGCAAGUAAUGUCAUUCCAGGCCAGGUAACAUUUACUGUAGAUAUUCGUACCACAGAUGAUGUGGGAAGGGAGGCUAUAAUUUAUGAACUGUCAAAACAGAUGUAUGCUAUAUGUGAUCGUCGUUCUGUUUCUUGUUUAAUGGAGCGCAAGCAUGAUGCAAAUGCUGUAGAAUGUGAUGCUGGAUUAAAUUCACAGCUAAAAUCUGCGGCCUAUGCUGCUUUAAGGCGCAUGACUGGUGAGAAUAUUGGUGAGGUGCCAGUACUCAUGAGUGGUGCAGGACAUGAUGCUAUGGCCAUGUCUCAUUUGACGAAGGUUGGUAUGCUAUUUGUUCGUUGUCGUGGAGGAAUUAGUCAUUCCCCUGAAGAGCAUGUAUUAGAAGAUGAUAUUUGGGCAGCUGGUUUGGCGAUGCAUACAUUCAUUGAGACUAACUUGUAGGUACUGAAUCAUUCCCCCUGUAUGUAAUUUCUCCCCAUGUCAAAGUUAGGCAUCAGUAAGCUAAUGUCUUCAGUGUAUAUAUGGAAUAUUUCAUAAGGAAAUACAGCAACGAUUAGUUUUGUUGCUCUAUUUAUACAUUCUUAUUCCUAUCGCAGCACUGUUUCUUUCA